AUAGAAUAUGAGAAUAUGCAUAUACAAUGUUGGGGUAAUGUCAUUCUAGCCCUACACCCACUGAUAGUAGAAUCAAACAUAAACAAAGCUAUAUUAUCCAUACAGGGAGAGAUUGGAGCACAAGAAAGUAGUUUUGAUAACGUGUUCAAGUUUGGUGGGAGGUUGAUCGAAGAAGGACAUCCAGCUGCUGUGGUUGUCACUGUGGAGGUGGUGGAUCAAUCUUCAUCUUCUUCUUCCAGCUCUUCAAGCUCCUCCAGUGAGGAGGAAGAAGGGGAGAUUAAAGAGAGUAAACCCAGGAUUAAGACACGCACGGAAACGAAGCCGGGCAUCAUACCCGAGUAUAUUGAUCUGUUAACUGAACGUAAGCAAUCACUUAUGGAUAAAUGGGAGGAAAGACAUGGCUUGUAUGAUCAGUGUUUGCAUCUUGCUCUGUUCAUAAGAGAUGCUGAACAAGCGGAAUCCUGGAUUACAACACAGGAGAUGCUUCUUGCCCAAAGUGAGUUAGGAGAUUCCUUACACGCUGUACAAGUGUUGCGUAGAAAACAAGCGGACUUUGCAAAGUCAGCGACAGCGCAAGAGGAAAAGAUAAUGUCUGUAAACGACGUUGCUAACCGGUUGAUUGAACGUGGACAUUAUGCUCAGGAUGAUAUUGGGAAACGCAGAGACUUGCUUAUGGAAAGACACGCCGAGUUAAACAAAGGAAUAAAGAUUUGGCACAGCAACCUGGAAGACGCUUAUAAUUUCCAAUUAUUCCAACGCGAUGCAAACAAUCUGCUUUCAUGGAUUGAAGAGAAAAGUAAAACAGCUAAUGAUGAUUCGCAUAAGGACCCAGCGAACAUCCGAGGCAAGCUUCAGCGCCACCAAGUGUUCCACGAUGAAGUAGCGUCGAGUAAGGUUCGAGUUCAGUCCUUGGUGGAUGACGGUGGUAAGUUGAUGGAUGCGGAACAUUACGAGAAGGAUCGGAUACAAUCGAUGUUGGCUGAGGUGGAGGAAGGGUGGGCGAAGCUCGUGGAAAGUUGCGAUAAUAGAGGCAGCAAACUAUCUGACGCAUGCGCUGAGCAAGUGUUCAAUAGAUCCGUUGCCGAGUUGAACAGAUGGGUGGACGAGGUGGAGGCCGCUCUUUCAUCAGAUGAUGUGGGUAAAGAUGUAGCGAGUGUGGCAUCGCUUAUUAAGAAGCACCAACUCACUGAAGUGGACGUGCAAGUUCACAAGGAGCGACUAAUUGGGAUUGAAAUCCAAGCAAUUAAGUUUGUUGAGAACGAACAUUUUAACGCUGAAGCAAUCAAGGAAAAACAAGAAGAAUUAUUUGCAAGAUAUGAGAAGUUACAGGAACCACUUAAAUCUCGUCGUGAAAAACUGAGCGACUCGCUUCGUAGCAAACAAUUGUUCCGCGACAUUCAAGAUGAACACGAUUGGAUUCAAGAUAAAUUACCGAUCACUUCAGCUACUAAUAUCGGCAAAGAUUUGAUGAGCGUUCGUAACUUGGUGAAGAAACAUCAUAUUGUACAAAGUGAAAUCACAGCUCAUGAUGGAAAUAUAAACGAUGUAGUUAAACAAGCUCAUCAACUAAUGGAGGAAGGUAACUUUGAGGCUGAUCAACUGAACGUGGCAUCGCAGAGGUUGAUGGAUGAGUGGAAGAUGUUGAAGAAGUCGGCGGAUGACCGCGAGGAAAUGUUGAAAGAUGCCUUGGAGGCUCAAAGUUAUCUCGCUACUGCUCAUGAUGCGCAAGUCUGGAUGGAGGAAAAGAAUGCGAUAAUAAUAUCCGAUGACGUCGGCGCUGAUGAAGAUUCUGCUGAGUCGUUGAUCAAGAAACACGAGGCGCUCAUGCGUGACGUUGGGACGUUUGAUGAUGUCAUAAUUAACUUGCGAAAAGACGCCGAAAAAUGCAAAUUGCAAACACCAUGGGACAAAGAUGAUGAAGCAGAAAAGGUCGUCAUCUUACAUGAAUAUCGACAGAAGUCACCCCGUGAGUUGUCGGUCAAGAAGGGAGAAGUUCUCACCGUCGUGUCUUCAUAUAAUAAGGAUUGGUGGAAAUUGGAGAACGAGGAGCAACAAGGAUUCGUCCCCGCAUCCAUAUUGAAGCGAGUUUCUCCUGAUGAGAUGAAAGAUGAGAGCGAGGAUGAUGUAAGAGAUGAGGAAGUUGAUCAUCCAGAUGUUCAACCUACGAUACUUGGGAGGCAGAAGGAGUUGGAGGAAUAUUACGAUGAAAUGAAAGUCCACGGAGAGCAACGUCGUGGGGGGCUGGAACACUCCCGUCGCCGCCAUGCGUUGGCACGUAAAUGUGACGACCUCCUUCGUUGGAUGGACGAGCAGAAGGUACAAGCGGAUAAAUAUAAAGAUGAGGAUGAUGAGGAAAAGGAUGGAGGGUUGGAGCAAGUGGAGAUGAGACAGAAGAAACUCGAUGAUUUCCAAAAGGAUUUAAAAGCACGUGAGAAGCGAAUCGAAGAAUUGAACACGGAGGCCGCUUCACUUAAACUUGUUAAUGAUGGUGGUUCAAGUAGCAGUUCUAGUAGUUCAAGCUCCAGCAGUGGAGAUUCUGUUGAUGCUGCUCAACUUGAUCAAGAUCAGAUCGUUGCCAAGAAAAUUAAGCCAUUAGAGACUAUGGUUGGACAUAGAAGUAUAACGAAGAACUUGAAUGACCAAUGGUCCUUGCUGCACAAAGUUGUCCAAGAACAAAACGACAACCUCGGAUCCGCACACCAGGUUCAAAGAUUCUUCAGAGACGCCGAUGAAACAAAGGAAUGGAUUGAUGAGAAAAGCACGACACUUGAUGAUGACAAUGUGGGGUCGGAUCUACCUACUGUGCAGGCUUUACAACGUAAGCACGAUGGGUUGGAGCGAGACUUGGCAGCUCUUGGUGAAAGAGUCCACUCCUUAGAUGCAGAUGCUGCAAGAUUAACCAAGGAACAUCCGGAGCAAGAGGAACCAAUUCAGAUCAAACGAACCGAGAUUAAUCAAGCGUGGAAUGAUUUGGUGGCAAAGGCUGAGAGUCGUAAAAGAUCGCUGUCAGAUUCCAAUGAUUUACAAAGAUUCCUCGCUGACAAGCGUGAGUUACAACGAUGGUUGGCACAUAUGUAUGACCAAGUAUCAAGUGAAGAUGUGGCUGAAGAUAUCCCGGCUGCUGAAGCGAUGCUGCAAAGGCACCAGGAGCAUCGAGCCGACAUGGAUGCUCACGCACCAGCCUUCCACGGGUUGGAGAGACAAGCAGAUGUUCUUAUACAAGCAGAACAUGGAGCAGCCGACGACAUCGACGCUGCUAUACAGGAAACAUCUAAGCAACGAGAAGAAUUGGAAAAAGCAUGGGCAAACCGUCGUAUAUUAUUAGAGCAAUGUCUCAUCUUACAUUUGUUCUUACGUGAUUGCGAUAAUGCUGAGAAUUGGAUGCAAGCCAGAGAAGCUUUCCUUGCUGUCGAACAAAACGACGACACGUUGGAUUCCGUUGAAUCGUUGAUCAAGAAACACGAAGACUUUGACCGAGCGAUCGGGUUGCAGGAGGCGAAGAUGGCUUCCCUUCAAUCAUCGGCUCAACAUCUCAAUAAAUCGGAUCCUCCACAUUAUGCGAAGGAGAGGAUCGAGGAGAAAGCUAAAGAUGUCCAAGAGAGGUGGCAGCAGUUAAAGGUAGCUUUGAUAGAGAAGCGUUCACGACUCGGUGAAACACAAACGUUGCAACAAUUCAGUCGCGAUGUCGAUGAGGCUGACGCUUGGAUCGCCGAGAAGAUGCAGACGGCACUUGAUGAUAGUUACAAAGAUCCAACUAAUAUUCAGAGCAAGCAUCAGAAACACGAAGCGUUUGAAGCGGAAUUAGAAGCGAACAAGGAGAGAAUCCAAGGAAUAAUUGUGGUUGGUGAACAACUUAUUGAGACUCGACAGUGUGCUGGGUCUGAGGAAGCUGUACAGGUCCGAAUCAACAAGCUUGGAGAUGAUUGGGAGACCUUACUUCACACAUCUGCAGUUAAAGGGGCAAAGUUGAUGGAAGCAAACCAACAGCAAAACUUUAUAACUGCUGUCAAGGAUCUUGAGCUAUGGAUGUCAGAGGUUGAAGUCCUCCUUGCGUCCGAUGACGUCGGCAAAGAUGUCCCUUCCGUUUCGAACCUCAUCAAGAAGCAGAAGUUGCUUGAAGCUGAUGUUGCAGCUCAUGAGGAUCGGGCACGCGAGUUAUCUCGUCACGCUGCAUUGCUGCUGGAAAAAGCUGACCAAUCAGAUGCCUUGGAUGAAGAUGCAGUGAAAGCUAAGAGGGAUGCUACUGAACAACGUUUCUCUACAUUAAAAGACAUGACACGCAACCGACGAACGAAACUCCAGGAAUCGAUGAAAAUCCAACAAUUCUUCCUCGAUUUGGCCGAUGAGGAAUCUUGGAUUAAUGAGAAGAAGUUACUGGUUAGCAGUGAUGACUGUGGUAAAGAUCUUACAAGCAUCAACAAGUUGAUUAAGAAACAGAAGAGAAUCGAAGCCGAGAUCAACGUGCAUGAUAUCGAUAGGUUGCUGGAAAGUGGAAUGUUGCUGAAAGACGAAGCCGCCAUGUUUUCCGAUGAGAUUGUUGUUCGUGUUGAUCAACUUUCAAACAACUGGGAAACGUUGAAGGAGGUUUCAAAUCAACGGAGUCUUCAACUUAAUCAAGCACAAGCUUUUCAACAAUUCAGAGCAAACCUUGAGGAAGAAUCGAGUUGGAUGAGCGAGCAACUUGCUGUGCUUGGUUCACAAUCUGCCCCGUCAUCAUUGGCUGCCGCUCAAAGCUUACUUGCUAAACAUGAAGCGUUUGAAAGCGAUCUUAAGGUUCAUCGUGAACGCGUUACGUUUGUUGCUAAUGUUGGACGUGGGUUGAUUCAAGAGGAAAACCCGCAUUCAUCUGAAAUAUCCGAUGAAUUGAAAGCCAUAGAAGACAAACAAGCCACGUUGGACGUAGCUGCUGUUAAGCGAAGAGAUGAACUACGUGAUGCUUCAGCUUUCAUGCAGUUUAACUGGAAGGCUGACAUGGUUGAAUCCUGGAUAGGAGAGAAAGAGAGGGCGUUGAAGACGGAUGAUCACACAUCGGAUCUUUCAUCUGUGCAAGCUCUUAUUGUAAAACAGGAAACUUUCGAUGCUGGUUUAUCAGCGUUUGAACAAGAAGGAAUUGCGAAGAUAAACGCUUUAAAAGAUCAACUUGUGGCUGCCGAUCAUUUGCAAUCGGAGGAAAUUAAGAUUCGUAGCUCGCAGUUGAUGCAAAGAUGGGACAAUUUAAAGAAAACGUCGAAAAUUCGUCGCGAAAACUUGGAUGAAAACCAGCGUCGUUUACGUGAAGUGAACGAUCUAUAUUUGUUGUUUGCCAAGAAAGCGUCGGCGUUCAACUCGUGGUUCGAGAACGUUGAGGAAGAUCUUACCGACCCUGUUAGAUGUCAUUCUAUUAAUGAGAUCCAUGCGAUGCUUAAAGAGCAUGAAAUGUUCUGUGGGACACUCGGCGAACCUGAGAAAGAACUUGAGGAAUUGUAUUCGAUUGAUGAACGACUUACAAAGAUGGUGUCGCAUCAAGAUGAAGACCCCAUGGUAUCGUCCAACCCAUAUACCUGGUUCACCCGUGCAACGCUCGAAGAAACGUGGAAUACUGUCCACCGUAUGGUAGCAGAGAGGGACGCUGGCCUCCAGGUUGAGCUAGGGAGACAGAAGGACAAUGACACGGCACGAAAGUUGUUCGCUGAUAAAGCGAAUGAGUUCCACGAUUGGUUGAGACAGACAAGAGCUACCAUCAUGGAAGAAUCUGGAACCUUGGAAUCUCAACUUGAAGCAAUGAAAACUAAAUCAUUGGAAAUCAAACAAAAGAAGAGUAAGUUGAGUGAGAUAGAGGAGCUUGGAUCGGCAUUGGAAGAAGCUCUCAUACUCGAGAAUGCUUACACUGAGCAUUCGACAUUAGGUCUCGCGCAACAAUGGGAUCAGUUGGAACAACUCAGUAUGAGAGUUCAACAUAAUCUUGAACAACAAAUACAAGCAAGAAACAUGACCGGGGUAACUGAAGACGCCUUGAAAGAAUUCUCGAUGAUGUUCAAACACUUCGAUAAAGACAAGAGUGGAAAGUUGGAACAUCACGAGUUCAAAUCCUGCCUCCGGUCGUUGGGAUACGAUCUUCCGAUGGUUGAAGAAGGAGAGGAAGACCCCGAGUUUCAAGCAAUCCUCGAUAUGGUGGAUCCGAACAGGGAUGGCACAGUAUCACUACAAGAAUACAUGGCGUUUAUGAUAAGUAGAGAAACAGAGAAUGUUAAAUCAAGUGAAGAAGUUGAAAGUGCAUUCAAAGCAUUGAGUGCUGAUGGUAAACCGUUUGUAACACAAGAAGAACUAUAUCAGAACUUGAGUCGUGAUCAGGCAGAGUAUUGCAUCAGCAACAUGCCGCCGUAUUAUGACUCUCAUGGAAUUCAUAUCCUUGGUGCUUAUGACUAUGUGGCGUUCACCAAAGAAUUGUUCACUAACUAGUAGUAGCAUGUGUGUAGUUGUGCAGUACGUGUUGUUUAAUUAGUGUUCAUGUAAUCUUCAUAUAAAGAUAAUAGAGUAGAGUCAUAUCCCUUCUGGAGCUGCCUUUAUUUUGAAAAACUAUUUGAACUUGGUGAAAAUCUUGCGUAGCAUUUCUUCAAACACAGCAAACUAAUCAAUAAAACAAACGUCGACUGA